AUCCUCCACUUCGUUCGACACACGUCACACAUCAACAUUGGAAGAUAGACUUUGUUUUCAUAUUUGCAUUGUGAAAAGCUUGAAUUUUCUUGGAAAUGGGAGCAUCUUCAUCAUCUGAGGAGAUACCCGGCGGUGGAACUGAAGGAUAUCACGUACUGAGAGUUCAAGAAAAUUCUCCUGGAUACAAAGCUGGUUUGGAACCCUACUUUGACUUUAUUGUAGCCAUCGAAAACACAAGAUUGAAUCAAGACAAUGACAGUUUGAAAGAAAUCCUCAAAGCAAAUGCAGAAAAACCAGUGAAGAUGAUCAUCUAUAGCAGCAAGACAUGCAAAGUGAGAGAAGCAAGUAUAACGCCAAGUAAUUUAUGGGGCGGACAAGGUUUACUUGGUGUAAGCAUUCGAUUUUGUUCCUUCGAAGGAGCAAAUGAAAAUAUUUGGCAUGUUCUGGAAAUCCAAGCAAACUCACCUGCGGACAUUGCAGGAUUUAGACCAUUUACAGAUUACAUUAUUGGUGCUGAUUCAAUCCUUCAUGAGACAGAAGAUCUGUUUGCAUUGAUCGAGAAUUUUGAGGGAAAGCCAUUGAAACUUUACGUGUACAACUCGGAAACUGAUGGUUGUCGUGAGGUCACCAUAACUCCCAAUAAAUCAUGGGGUGGAGAAGGUACUUUGGGUUGUGGUAUUGGCUUUGGAUACCUCCACAGAAUCCCGCUAAGGGAUGAAGCUCACAGACCAAAACAAGUUCGUCAAAUAAAUCCCUCUUCUGAUGGAUUUUCGGAGGUUCCUUUGUUGGCAUCAACAACACCACCAACUCAGACCAAUGGUCUUGAUAUUAAUAUGGCAAAUUUGAAAAUUUCUGACACCAGCACAGCAUCCAAGGAAGGUACCAUUAGCCAGGCUAACCCGUUAGCUGCACCAGCAUUGCAGCCUGGGCAAAUACCAAGUCAAGCCAAUCCUUUAAUAACUGGGAUGCCAACGACAUUGAUGUCGCCAGGAUCAUCGUCUCAUGAACACCAGCAUCAUUCGGGCCAUUCUCAUGAACACCAGCAUCAUUCGGGCCAUUCUCAUUCACAUUCUCAUUCGCAUUCACAUACACAUGAUACAACACAGAUAGUGAAUGCAGCCGUUGACCAAUCAAACCCAGUCCUUGGAAAUACUUCUUCUGCACCUGCUGUCAUUCUGAACGCAUCUUACAACCCAACAGAUCCACCGUCCCUUGUGGCAGGUACAUCUACUGUCACUGUUAACCCCUCUCCGUUACUGUCAAAUAUCACGACAGAUGCAACACCUGUUACAUCUGCAAGUUUACCCACCACCUUAACAACUGCUGGCAUAAAUACACCAGCAAAUAUUGAAAUUCCAUUAAGUACGAGUUGAUUACAACUCUAUAUCAAAGUGACAAUAAAAAUAGUUAUAUAUUAUUGUAUACUGACAUGUUCACUCAUGUAACUUUGAAGAAAAAUAAAAGAAGUCAUUUCA